UGGCGCCCAGGCGGUUGGAGACACUCGGGUGCUUAACUCGACGUGUCCGGGAAGCCCAGGCCAGUUUCCCUUUCGUUCUGCGGUCUUGGCACUCCAGACUCCCAGCCCCGCGCUUGCCGCCGGCGGGGGCUGAGACGCCUUGGGGUUCCACGGGCUGAGCUCGGGGAGCCCCCAGCACCAUGCUGGAUCCGUCUUCCAGCGAAGAGGAGUCGGACGAGGGGCUGGAAGAGGAGAGCCGCGAUGUGCUGGUGGCGGCCGGCGGUGCGCAGCGAGCCCCGCCGGCCCCGGCUCGGGAAGGGCGACGGGACGCCCCGGGGCGCGCGGGCAGCGGCGGCAGCAGUGGCACCGCCAGGUCGGUGAGCCCGAGCCCCUCGGUCCUCAGCGAGGGGCGAGACGAGCCGGAACGGCAGCUGGACGAGGAGCAGGAACGGAGGAUCCGCCUGCAGCUGUACGUCUGCGUGGUGAGGUGCAUCGCCUACCCGUUCAACGCCAAGCAGCCCACCGACAUGGCCCGCCGACAGCAGAAGCUUAACAAACAACAAUUGCAGUUGCUGAAAGAAAGGUUCCAGGCCUUUCUCAAUGGAGAAACCCAAAUUGUGGCUGAUGAAGCAUUUUGCAAUGCAGUUCGGAGUUACUAUGAGGUUUUUCUGAAGAGCGAUCGUGUGGCCAGAAUGGUUCAGAGUGGAGGAUGUUCUGCAAACGAUUUCAGAGAGGUCUUUAAGAAAAACAUAGAAAAACGUGUGCGGAGUUUGCCUGAAAUUGAUGGCUUGAGCAAAGAGACAGUGCUGAGCUCAUGGAUAGCCAAGUAUGAUGCCAUUUAUAGGGGGGAAGAGGACUUGUGCAAACAGUCAAACAGAAUGUCCCUUAGUGCUGUGUCUGAACUUAUUCUGAGCAAGGAACAACUCUAUGAAAUGUUUCAGCAGAUUCUGGGUAUUAAAAAACUGGAACACCAGCUCCUUUAUAAUGCAUGUCAGCUUGAUAAUGCAGAUGAACAAGCAGCUCAGAUCAGAAGGGAACUUGAUGGUCGUUUGCAGUUGGCAGAUAAAAUGGCAAAGGAAAGAAAAUUUCCAAAAUUUAUAGCAAAAGAUAUGGAAAGUACAUAUAUUGAAGAGUUGCGGUCUUCGGUGAAUUUGCUAAUGGCCAAUUUGGAAAGUCUUCCAGUGUCAAAAGGUGGUCCAGAGUUUAAAUUGCAAAAAUUAAAACGCUCUCAAAAUUCAGCAUUUUUGGACAUGGGAGAUGAGAAUGAGAUUCAGCUGUCAAAGUCUGAUGUAGUUCUGUCAUUCACGUUAGAGAUUGUCAUAAUGGAAGUUCAAGGUCUGAAGUCUGUUGCUCCCAAUCGAAUUGUUUAUUGUACAAUGGAAGUAGAAGGAGGAGAAAAACUGCAGACAGACCAGGCUGAAGCUUCAAGGCCACAAUGGGGAACUCAAGGAGAUUUCACCACUACCCACCCUAGGCCUGUGGUCAAGGUAAAACUCUUCACAGAAAGCACUGGGGUUCUCGCCCUUGAAGAUAAAGAACUGGGAAGGGUAAUAUUGUACCCAACUUCCAAUAGCUCCAAAUCAGCUGAUUUGCACCGAAUGAUUGUUCCAAAAAAUAGCCAGGAUUCUGACUUAAAAAUAAAAUUGGCAGUGAGAAUGGAUAAACCACCACAUAUGAAACAUAGCGGAUAUCUGUAUGCCCUUGGACAGAAGGUUUGGAAAAGAUGGAAAAAGCGCUACUUUGUUCUAGUUCAGGUUAGCCAGUAUACCUUUGCUAUGUGCAAUUAUAGAGAAAAAAAAUCUGAACCACAAGAAUUGAUGCAACUUGAAGGUUAUACUGUGGAUUAUACAGAUCCCCACCCAGGUCUUCAGGGUGGUCGUAUGUUCUUCAAUGCCGUUAAAGAAGGAGACACUGUAAUAUUUGCUAGUGAUGAUGAACAAGAUAGAGUAUUAUGGGUCCAAGCCAUGUAUAGGGCCACAGGCCAAUCCUACAAACCCAUUCCUGCAAUUCAAACCCAGAAGUUGAAUCCUAAAGGAGGAAUUCUCCAUGCAGAUGCUCAGCUUUGUAAGUUUUAUGCAGACCGUUUUCAGAAACAUGGUAUGGAUGAGUUUAUAUCUGCCAAUCCUUGCAAGCUAGACCAUGCCUUUCUUUUUAGACUACUCCAGAGACAGACUUUGGAUCACAGACUGAAUGAUUCCUAUUCUUGCUUGGGUUGGUUUAGCCCUGGUCAGGUCUUUGUGUUAGAUGAGUACUGUGCCCGUUAUGGAGUAAGAGGCUGUCAUAGACAUCUCUGCUACCUUACAGAACUGAUGGAACAUUCAGAAAACGGUGCUGUUAUUGACCCAACCCUGCUCCAUUACAGCUUUGCAUUCUGUGCCUCUCAUGUGCACGGAAACAGACCUGAUGGAAUUGGUACUGUUUCAGUGGAAGAAAAAGACAGAUUUGAAGAGAUAAAAGAAAGACUUUCUUCCCUAUUAGAAAACCAGAUAAGCCAUUUCAGAUACUGUUUUCCUUUUGGACGACCUGAAGGUGCUCUAAAAGCUACACUUUCACUACUUGAAAGGGUUUUAAUGAAAGAUAUCGCCACUCCCAUGCCAGCAGAAGAGGUGAAAAAAGUGGUCAGAAAAUGUCUCGAGAAAGCUGCCUUGAUCAAUUACACUAGACUCACUGAAUAUGCCAAAAUUGAAGGCCCAGCAGAAAAGGAAACAGAAACUAUGAAUCAGGCAUCGCCUUCUAGAAAACUGGAAGAGGUUCUUCAUCUUGCAGAGCUCUGCAUAGAAGUCUUGCAGCAGAAUGAAGAGCAUCAUGCAGAGGGAAGAGAGGCAUUUGCAUGGUGGCCUGAUUUAUUAGCAGAGCAUGCAGAGAAGUUUUGGUCUCUAUUCACUGUGGAUAUGGACACCGCACUAGAAGCUCAACCGCAAGACUCUUGGGACAGUUUUACCUCUUUUCCAAUGACUCAAUAAUUCCUCAGAAAUGACAUUCUCUUAUGCAAUGGAAAAUUUCACAAACACUUGCAAGAAAUCUUUGUGCCAUUGGUUGUUCGAUAUGUUGAUCUCAUGGAGUCCUCUAUUGCCCAGUCAAUUCACAGAGGUUUUGAACAAGAGACUUGGCAGCCAGUCAAGAAUAUCGCCAACAGCCUACCUAAUGUAGCUCUUCCAAAAGUUCCGAGUCUGCCUCUUAACCUUCCACAGAUUCCUAAUCUUUCUACUCCUUCAUGGAUGACUUCUUUAUAUGAGUCCACCAAUGGCUCAGCAACAUCAGAGGAUCUCUUUUGGAAACUCGAUGCACUACAAAUGUUUGUCUUUGACCUACACUGGCCAGAACAAGAAUUUGCCCACCACUUAGAACAAAGACUGAAACUAAUGGCCAGUGAUAUGAUAGAGGCCUGUGUCAAAAGAACAAGAACUGCAUUUGAACUCAAGCUGCAAAAGGCAAACAAAACAACUGACUUGCGCAUCCCAGCUUCUGUAUGCACAAUGUUUAAUGUAUUAGUUGAUGCCAAAAAGCAAAGCACCAAACUCUGUGCUCUGGAUGGAGGACAAGAGCAACAGUACCACUCAAAAAUAGAUGACUUGAUUGACAACACUGUGAAAGAAGUCAUUUCAAUGUUAGUUUCAAAGUUCAUUUCAGUGUUGGAUGGCGUGUUGUCUAAGCUGUCGAGGUACGAUGAAGGCACUUUCUUCUCAUCGAUUCUGUCAUUCACUGUGAAAGCAGCUGCAAAAUAUGUCGAUGUUCCAAAGCCAGGAAUGGAUCUCGCAGAUACUUACAUUAUGUUUGUCCGGCAAAACCAGGAUAUUCUUCGAGACAAGGUCAAUGAGGAGAUGUAUAUAGAAAAGUUAUUUGAUCAAUGGUACAGCAAUUCCAUGAAAGUCAUUUGUGUGUGGUUGGCUGAUAGAUUGGACCUUCAGCUUCAUAUUUACCAACUGAAGACUCUCAUCAAAAUUGUGAAGAAAACCUACAGAGACUUCCGAUUGCAGGGUGUCUUGGAAGGCACCCUGAACAGCAAGACAUAUGAUACCUUACACAGGCGUUUAACAGUAGAGGAGGCCACUGCCUCUGUUUCUGAAGGCGGAGGACUCCAGGGCAUUACAAUGAAAGACAGUGAUGAAGAAGAAGGCUGACAACACAGCUCCGUAGAAGAAAAUAGGACCUUAAUGUUGUUGAUUUUGUACCUGUCCUUGUAAUUCUGUUUUUUAGACCAACUGCUUGUAUUUCAUUCUACAUUUUUUAAAAAGUAUAUCUGGCAGCAGUGUUAAAGAGAAAAAUGCCAAGUGUGGUUUUCUUCCUUUUUGCAGAAUAUAGCUGCUUUUGUGUAGCUUGACCUAAAAUGAGCUUUGACUUAUACUUGGAACAUGCUUUCUUUUUCCUUUUUAGAUGUUUUUUCCCCUAAAAUCACAUCAUAUGUCCUAUGUAAAAUGAGAUGUGUUUCUCAUAAUACAUUGUGAGAAAAAGCCACUCUGGUUAUUGCCCUAGCUCUGUUGUACUCUUGUUAACAUGGUGUGUCCGCCAAAAGUUUAUCAUUUAUGUGAAAAAUUUGUCUACAGUUAAUUUGCCAUUGAUGUAAUAUUGUAUAAAAACCUUAACCUUGGUUUUAGAACUCUGCAUUUAUCUGCAGGAGUAUUUCUGGGCUUAAAGGACUGCCAAAUCCAAAUUUAGACUAGAUUAUCCAAUGUCCUUGUACCUUGUUCCAUUUUGAACAUUCCCUUCUCAAGUGUAAAAAGUUUCCAAAUGUGCAGUAGUAAGUAAAUGUCAUUAACAUACAUACCAUGUUCUGUUUCUAAGUGUUAACUGCUUGCAGGCAAUAAAAAUUCAUUUGGUCAUCAUAA